AUUAAAAUCGUUUUACAGCACUGACCGCCAACAGCUGUGUUGUUUUACCUACACGUGCGCUUAUUUUUUUAUAUUUGAAUAAUCAGUUUUUUGUUUUAUAAAAGCUUAAUAAAAAUAUGGGCGGCACGCGUUUUUUCGUUGCCGACUUGCCGGCGAACACAACAGAAAAGGAUCUGCGUGGUCUGUUCCAGGAUUAUGGCAAGGUUGAGCGUGUGGAACUGAAAGAGAAGGAACAAUUCGUUGAUUCAGGACAAACAAUUGCAAAAGUUAUUGCAUUUGUGACGCUGCAGACAGAGGAUGCCGAAUACUGUGUUCACGAGCUUAACUGGCAGCGUUUGCAUGGCUGUCAGCUAAAGGUGUCGCUGGCCAAGGAAUCCUUUUUGGACCGCCUUAAGCGUGAGCGUGAAGAAGAACAAAAGCAGGAUCAAUCAACUUAUAGCGAAGCAAAUCAAAGUAGUUCCCGCCUGCUCGCACAAAGCACACAGAACAAACGGCGCGUCUUUGGAGAACACGAGGAGAUCAACGAUGAUGAAGUGGCACCCGAGUUGUUGAUAACCAAAAAGCGUGCUGCAAACUCCAUGCACAAUGGCAAAAUUGUCAUCCAGCAGGAGCAUGAUGUGAAGCCGUUGCACAUCAUAGAACACCACAAGAAACCUAGCACCAAACAGCUAGAUGCGAAAGCUUCAAUUGCCGAUUUAAAGCGCAAAGAGUCGCUGAAUAAAAUGAAGCAACAGCAUCAGCAAAAGAAGUCAGCGAUACAGCAAGCGUUGUCCUCCACAGAGGCCCCCAGCGCAAAGCGCAUAAAGUUCAGCGAUGCUGAAGAGGACGAUGAGGUGGAGCCGAAGGAAGUGCAAAAUGAGCCAAAAGGCCGAGAUCUGUUCGAUGAUGAAGAUGGCGAGGAGCAGGACCAAGAACAGGAGUUUGUACUGCCUCAAUACAGCGGCAAAAAGGGCGAACGCUUGGUGGAAAUGCAAAGCAAGCAGAGUUUAGAUCCCAGAUUUCGUAUAACAGCCAAUUUUGUGGGUGAAGAAGACGACGACAAAGAGCAGGCAGACGAGACCGAGCAAUCGGAGAACCCCAAGGACAACGAGCGCGAUUGGCAGAUGGGCAUACUGGAGCAGGUGAUUGGACGCAAAAUAGACACAGCCAAUGCGACAGCCGCAAAGGCAGCCAAAAAUAAGAAAAUGUUGCGCUACGAUCCUGCCAAAGAUGAGCACCAGAAGCUGGUGCGUGUCAAGGACAAAGACAAAGUUAAGCAGCAGCCGAAGCAGAAGGAUGAAAAGGCGCACACAGAAGAAGAAGGUGCCGGGCCGACGCCCGUCUCACAGAGCGCCUUCUACGUGGUUACAGAUACGCUAAAGCAAUCGCUGAAGACGCGUGGUGAAGGCUUCAGUCUGUUGGAAAUGUUUGGCAGCAGUCAUGAGGAAGCGGUUGCCCAGCGACAGGAUCAGCUGGAGAAGAUUAGCCAUGAAAAGAUAUUGGUUAACAAGUCCAAUAAACUAGGCCUGGGUCAAGUGAAUCCAUUCAGCUACGACUCCUCCGACAGCGAAGAUGAGGAGCAACAGCAACAACAGGAAAAGGAGAAGGAGCAGCCACAGGUGGCUAAGGAAAAUGAGAAGCCAAUCAAACAGAAGCAAAAGAAGGCACACAUUUUUAUAGAAAGCUUCUUUAUACCCAAAAACGAUGUCAGACUUAAAGAAGGUGCCAAGUUCUUCAAGUCGAGCAAAGCUGAGCUGGAGAACGAUAAUUACGACGAGGUUAAAAAGCGUCUUAAAUUCCUCAUUACCAAGAAAAUUGCAAAGACACAAAAGAAUCAGCCUGGCAAAGUUGUCAAGAAAAACAAAAAUAAAAAGCGAAAUAAGUUUUAAGAUUUAAGUUUUAAUAGAUUUUCAAUCCAAAUGCGUUUGGCGCCUUUGCGAGGGCGAGGGCCAUCAAAAUAUAUUUUUCUACCUGAGUGGCAACUCUGUCGAUAUGCGCUUAACUAAUAUAUCGAUAGGCACAUGCGUGAUUCGUGAUAUUUACAUUAGUGAACCAUAACUAAGUGGCAACGUCAAAGUAU